AUGGCCCCUCGAGGAGGCUUCGAGGACGAAGAGCUCACCAUCUCCCUCUCCUCAUCCCACGUCCGGCGCCAGCAGCAGCAGCAGCAACAACCGCCUCAGCAUCACCCCCGGCACCAGGGUCGCGACGAUGCCACCAGGUCCCCCAAGCCGAGCGCCGGCCGCCAAAACGCCAUGGAGUCGUUGCGGGACAAGACCAAAACCGAACAGCGCAUCGGCGCCUAUAAGAUUGUGCGAACCUUGGGCGAGGGAUCUUUUGGUAAAGUGAGGCUGGCCAUCCACCAACUCACCGGACAGCAAGUUGCUCUCAAAAUUAUCGCUCGUAAAAAACUCAUCAGUCGGGACAUGGCUGGCCGUGUCGAACGGGAGAUUGAGUACUUGCAGCUCCUGCGGCACCCCCACAUUAUCAAACUAUAUACCGUUAUCAAAACCCACAACGAAAUCAUCAUGGUGCUUGAGUAUGCAGGCGGAGAGCUGUUUGAUUACAUCGUGCAAAACGGCCGUAUGAAGGAAGCCGAGGCACGGCGCUUCUUUCAGCAGAUGCUAUGUGCUGUCGAGUACUGUCACCGCCACAAGAUUGUCCAUCGCGAUUUGAAACCGGAGAACUUGCUGUUGGACGAUAAUCUGAACGUCAAGAUUGCCGAUUUCGGCUUGAGCAAUAUCAUGACGGACGGGAAUUUCCUCAAGACGAGUUGCGGAAGCCCCAACUACGCUGCGCCUGAAGUUAUUGGCGGAAAGUUGUACGCCGGUCCCGAGGUCGAUGUAUGGAGUUGCGGUGUGAUUUUAUACGUUCUUCUGGUUGGACGAUUGCCGUUUGACGACGAGCAUAUUCCCAGCCUGUUUGCCAAGAUUGCCCGAGGCACUUACAGCAUCCCCCAGUGGAUGCCGUCAGGGGCGGCCAACCUGAUCAAGAAGAUGCUUGUUGUCAACCCUGUGCAAAGAGCUACUAUUGAGGAAAUUAGGCAGGAUCCAUGGUUCCUGACGGACCUGCCGGCUUACCUCCAGAUGCCUGUGGAAGAGUUUUUCAACACUGGCGUCGACCCCAACAAAGCCAUUCAAACUAGGGACAUAGCCCCGAAUGCCCCUGUUCAGGUGCAAGAGAAGCUGCACAAUGAAGUUACGGAGAAGAUUAGUAAAACUAUGGGUUACGGCAAGUUGGAUGUUGAAGAAGCCUUGCAGUCCGAGGAGCCUUCCGCUAUCAAGGAUGCUUACAUGAUUGUGAGGGAAAACAAGCUCAUGCAAGUCAAUCAAGGCCAAGAGCCACUGACGCCAGAAGUUGAGGAAUCAUCAUCGAGCCCGAUGAUGAGCAUGUCCUCUGCUAGAUCUGGCGCGUCGGGCGGAAUCUCACCUCGACCAUAUGCCAGCAAGGUUGGUAUUCUACCGACAAGCUUGCCGACAUAUCACAAAGACUUCAUUGAGAGGCUAAAGGCGGGGCUUAAUUCCCAGCCGCCUCAGGUUUCUGCAGUCCAUGAUGAGCCACCCACAGCGAGAACAGACGCGGAGAAGGAGGAAGCGGCCAGACGACUCAAGCCACACGCACGGGUUCAAAUGCGGCUCGAGGAAGGUAGCAAGCGCCCGCAAGGCAUGACACCAAUCAAUCCACCCAAAAAACCGAAGCCGGUUCGAUGGCAGUUUGGUAUUCGAUCUAGGAAUGCGCCGUGGGAGGCCUUGCUCUGCAUCCACAAGGCACUGCAUAAGUUGGGUGCUAAGUAUAUUCCGGACGAGGAAUAUUCUCAGGUGCAUAGCAAGGAUAGCGAGGCGCCAAGCGGAGACGGCAGCUUUGCGGACGAGUACGACGGCACACCACUGCAACGGGAUUCAAGCUCGAGUCUGGACCCGGCCAAGCGGUACCAGCUUCCAGCUGAUCCAUGGCACAUCAAAGUGCGGUGGGAGUCUUCCACACUCAAAAAGCAUGUCCAGACGCCGCCCGAAGGCGUCGACAAGGUGCAGGUUGGCACGCCAGACAGUUACCACAUUCUGGCACAGGACAAUCCGAACAAGAAGGAGUUUGUAGCCCUACACUUGGAUAUUCAAAUAUAUGAGAUGGAGCAAGGGGUGUACUUGGUAGACUUUAAGUCUUCAGGUUACGAGACGCCUGAAGGCAGGCUACUUGAAGAAAAGGAGGUGACGAGCCCGUUUCCGUUCCUCGACAUGGCAGCAAGGUUGAUAAUGCAGUUGGCCGAGGCAGACUAA